CCGGGCCGGGCCGGGCCGGGUCGGGUGUGGUGGGUAUCAUCGCGUCUCUCCGGUGUCUCUCCGUGUUCCCGGGAGUUCGCUCUGCGCAAACAGGAAUGGAUUUCCCCUCCGGAAGGCUGGGAUGGGGCGAUGAAAUCCGCCCCGCGCGGCCUGUGCCGGGCGCGGGCCCCGGCGCCCUGGAUCCUCUGCGGAGCCUGCUGCACUCCAUCUCCUCGCACCUGUCGGACAAGGAGCUCUCCGACCUGAAGUUCCUGUUACGCGACAAAAUCGGGAAGCGAAAGCUUGACCCGGUGCAGAGCGGCCAGGGGCUCUUCAGCAUCCUGAUGGAGCAGCGGGAGAUCGCGAGAGACAACCUGGAACUGCUGAAAAAGCUGCUGCAGCACAUCAAGAGGCAAGAUUUGCUGUCAGACGUGGUGCAGUUCGAAGAGCAACAACCUCCUGCCCCUAAUGAUCAGCCAGAUGAGCAUGAAGAACGUCGCCUGGAGGCAGCUAUUGGUGUCAUAUGUGACUACGUUGGGAGAGAUUGGAAGAGGCUGAUGCGAGCACUUGGGAUGCCAGAAGUGAAGCUGGACAAGAUAGAGGCAGCCUAUCCGUUCCAAUUGGAUGAAAAGGUUUUUCAGGCACUCAGGGGGUGGAAGAAGUGGAUGGGGAAGGAUGCAGAGGUGGCUGAAUUAAUAAAAGCCCUCCGGGGCUGCAGGCUGAAUUUUGUGGCAGACAAGGUUGAAGAGAAGAUCUCACAGCUGAACACUGGAACCAGAUGAAAUCAGUGUGAAACUAUGAAUGCAAAAAGAGUGCCUUCUUCUCUUCUGAACCAAAAUAAUUAUCACUGGUUACUUCUGGUGCCAUUUAUUUAUGUGCCUUAAUAAGUUGAUUUCUGCUCAGGUGAAAAUUGACGCAGAAACAGAUUCCUUUCAGGGAACGCUAUGUAGUUUGAUGCUUCUUUCAAGGAAUUUUAACUUUCACAAGAUCUGAACUCCAUUUUUUAGAAAUUAUCACACUUUUGUUCUGCCACUCACCUGAAAAGAUUUGCUUUGCUGCAGGCCCUUUUUAGAUGCAUCUCCACUGGAAACACACCCAUGGGACGCUUCUGAGGCAACUGGAAGUUAAAAUUUCAUGGGGAGGUUGGAUUUUUCUUUUAAUGGCCUAUUAUAAAUGCAGUGUGAAAGGGAGAUGGAGCAAACCUUUCAGCUGGGCACUGGCUUUUCUUUUGGAGCAGCAUAAAACAAUACCUGAGGUAAUUUGCCAAAUAUAUCUGCUGUCCAUGAAAGGAUAUUAAGACAUCUGUAACCUCAGACUGCAAUGCGAGAGGGACAUGAAAUAUUGUGGUGGCUUUCUUGGAAAAAACAUGCCUGGGUUUGAAAAUGAAAUCAAAUGUCUACACCAAGUGCCUUCAGCAUCCUGAAGGAAGUGUUCUCCUUCAAGAGAAACUAUGCAAGAGAUUGUGUGUCUCACAGAUGUUUACAGCAGCCUCUUUCCUGAGCUGUGAAUGCUUUGGGGCUCCUUGCUGGGAAUCCUUCCGUGACCUGUGUCACAGAGGCUGCUCGUGUGUGCUGGAGGGUGUGAGCCCCUCACACAGGGAGCAGGAUUCAUGAACCUGUGUCAGAUCCAGUUCUCAGCUUUCAUCUGGAACAAAAUCCAGUCAGCAGCCUUCACCCCUCUCCUAAGGCUGGAGAGAUUGCACAAUUGCACAGUCCAGGAAGGAGGAGAAUCUCAUAAAAUCAUUACUACUUGAACAGCUGUAGGAUCCUGUGUUUCUGCAAACAUCUCCCAAGUGCCUGGCUAGAUGCCAAAAGAGGUUUUAUUGCUGCUGCACCUGUGGGACUCCCAGCUCUUUCCAAGUUGUUUUUCUGUGGUGCCGUUGCUGCGGAGGCCGAGUGGCAGCACAUAACCUGUCGCUGCUCUGCAGAAACGUCGUGACACCGACAACUUUGAUUUUAUGCAGUGCCUCUUGCUCAAACAGUGAGGCUCAAAUACUUAACUGCAGUUAGUGGAAACUGCCCUAAGUUCCCGUGAUAGAAAAAUCAUUUCUGUCAGGGUUUUUUUUUUCCCUUCAAUGAUUCUUCUCUGCAUUCCUAGAAUUGUUCAAGGCCAAGCUGGAUGGGGCUUGGAGCAAUGUGGUGGAGUAGAAGGAGUCACUGGUUGGAACUGGAUGGUCUUUUAGGUCCCUUCUUGCCCAGACCGUUCCAGGGCUGUGUGCUGAUUCUCAGUAUCUUUCCAGUUGUGGUAUAUUAACUACUGUCGAUUCCAGGCUCUCCAGAAGGAGAUGCUGAGCUUCAACUGAAUGACCAGCUCUGAUGUUUUGGAGAUUUUUGUUUCAUAGACACCAGGAGUAUCCAUUCUGCAGUACUGAAAGGAAAGCAUUGCUCCAGCAGUUUUUCCUUCCUGCCUCUGAGCAAUCCCUGGGAGCAGAACAGAGGAGUGGAAUUGAGCAGGAUGAGUUAUGUCAGUGCUCAAACAGCUCAGCAGCAGCUCCAAGUCCAAUCUCUGCUGAAGUGCCUUUCUUAGCCACUUUUUUAAAAGUCUCCUGCUUCACCAAAGAGAUUUAUGUGGAAUAGGAAGAGUAUACUGCCUACUGCAUAAAGCCAGGAUAUUUUAGGAAUCAGCUGGAAUAACCUAUUGGUUGCAGCCAAGCUCUCAUCAGCUACACAAAAUAUUCUGCUUCAGGAGAUAAAAACCUCUUGGUUUUUUUAAGGACUUUGUACAUCCUUUUACUGUGCCUGAAAGCAAUGACUGCAUCAAUCUGUGCCAUACCUCAGCCAAUUAAGACUGUUUUUGUGAGAGAUUAAAGUGUUGUUUGUGUGAAAGCAAAAUCAACUCUAGCGAAGGGAACAAAACCUUUUUAUUGGGAGGAGGGAUAAAGAGUGCCAUUUGUAAGGGAAUGUUUUCUGAUCCAGUUGGCAAUCUUUUAUUUUCAAAUUCAACACCUUGAACUCAGAGGCAUAUUUUUAUAACAUGCAUUACCAAGUUUUAUAAUGUGUAAUUCUGUGUACAUUUCAUUAGAAAUAAUUCCUUUAAAAAUGCCAAAAUAAAUGGAACGGUGUGUUUCUCUUGUUUGAUGCGAUUGCUGUCUGCAGUGAGAUCUCUGACUGGGAUGUUGAGGACACUUGGAAAGCAAGGAGCAGUGUGCUAAACAGGCAUUGCUUUACCAGUGCCCUUCUUGGGACAUUAAAGACAAAAAGCAAAGUGUUUUGUCCUUGAGUUUCUCAGAAGUGCUAAACAGGCUUCGGUUUGCCAGCAGCAGCAGUGUUUGAAUGCUGUCACUCAGGGAGGUGUAAGGAAAAAGAAAUUCCCUGCCAGCCCUCAGGAGCCUAAACUCGAGUCUGGGUGUACUAGGGAGACAGGCUGCCUCUGGGGAGGCUUCCUUCUCUUUUCCUCUGCUAGCCAGGCUGUGCUAAGGAUGUUAUAUUUCUUUUAUAAUUAAUCAAAAGCCCGGCUUCUGGUUUAGUGUAAGCUUGGUCAGGCUUUUAGAGGACGUGCUCGGAAGGAACUGACAGAGGCUGGGGUGCUCUGUGCAGUGUCAGCCUGCACUUAAAGCUGUGAACGAGUAAGACAAAUAACUUAAUCACCCGUUUUAUCAAAUCCUUUAGGAUGCUCUGCAAGACUAUUUGCCUGUGAGGAAUUACUCAAACCUUUUUCCUUUUGGUCUCCUGAGAGUAAUCUUUCCUCACAGCCUUGUAAAAAACAGCGCAUCAAAACAUGGGGAGUUAAAAGUGCCAUCUCAGGAGAAUUCUCCUCUCAGGGGAUUGUUUUUCCAUGUCACUUCUCAGUCCCUUUCAGCACUUGCUUGCCGUUGCCUAUGAUUUUUUGAAGAUAUCAAUUAUAAUCACAUAUUGAGGUGGUUUUCUUUUUUUAAAAUUGCGUUAUUUUCAUUCCUGAGUUAAAAGAGGUUUCCUAGACCGUUAAUUAGCAAUCCUCUUACACAAAUUGGUUGUUGUGAACACUUCAAAUGCAAUGCUUUGGUUUCCUUUUCUCCAUUCUCCACACUCAGGCAGCCACAUUUCCUGCAGCCUUUGUUUCAUUCCUAAAAUAAUUGUCUCCUUUCUGAAAUCUAAUUGCUUCAUUUAAUUGUUUAACACAGGCUGUGUCUCCAAGCUCUCUCUGGCGCUCAGCAUGUUCUUAAUUCAGGCUCCUUGGCUGAGUAUUUUUCAAUUCAGAUUUAUUUCUAAUCACUGCCUUGUGCCCUUCUUCUUCUGCAUGGAUCACCUAUAUCCUUAAAACGUGUUCCAGCACAACUACUUUUCUAGCUUGCCUUCCCUCUUUGGUUUAUUGCUUUUGUCUGCCAGUGCUUUGGUGCUGUGGUGGAAUUGAGAGGAAUUAGCUUGCUGCUUCAACCACAAAAAUAGGAAGCGUAGGGGUGAGCUGGGGGGUAGGGGAAGGAGUUGUGAGUAGAGGUUCAGGAGCUUUUGGAGAAUCUGUGUUUCAAUAAAAACUGUGGCAGCUAAGGGUUGCUUCACGGGAGCAGGGCAUGUUGCAGUGUGUACUAGGAACUGUAGGUUCAGGGAGAGAAGGAAGCAGGGAUUUCCUCAGCUGCUGGGAAAGGCCGAGUCAUGCAGCUCUCUGCGUGGGAAUCUGCGUGGAACCAACUCUUAAUCACUCAAAAGUCCCGUCCACAGAGCCAUUCUGCACCUGCCUCAUUCCUGAGAGCAUUACACAUGCCUGUCUUAAAGCAGGCUGAAGUGAAAACAACAGGCUUGUUCUUGUGAAACAUGAUGUAAUAGACCCCAUUAAAAUCCCUGGGGCUGGCUGUCCUGCUCGAGUUUGAACUCAGUGAUUUCUGUGACUUGAUGGGUUUGGGAAGCUUUUCCAAGUGUGUGUCCAGUUCCUGUGUGGAUGGAUGGCAGCUUGAGAGCUGCUUCUCUCAAGGUGAAGGGGUUUGUGUGUGUUCUCUCCUCUAUAAAAAAUAACAGCUCCAAGAGAGGUCUUGAGGCGUCUCCAGCACAAUGUAAUAAAAAAGUGCCUUUGCUAAGGAAAGCAGCUUAAAGUCAACUCUGUAUCUCUGCCGAAUGCUUCCAAAAGCUGUCAGGCUGGUAUUUUUUUAUUUGCUACAUAAUGUUCCAGCCUUCAGAGCAGGCACAGGUGCUGUGUGAAGUUACACAGACACAAAACUGGACCAUUGUCAUGGGAGAUGUCAGAAACACCCAAC